GUCCUGUUUUUGCUUUCACCGCACAGGCUAUAAAGGCUUACUUCAAUGUGCGCCUGAAGUACAACAGCGAGUCCUGCACUGUUCUCUACCGUGAGUGAACUAUUGAGCUGUCUUUCACUCAACAAGUCUUUCAAAUAAACUUAAAAUGCGUGUUCUGAGAAACAACCUGGAUAUCUCCUGAUUUUACUUUCAAGACCAGAGAAUUAUCCGUUGGUUUACGUUCGGAUACGGCAAAUUUACUGUCACUUGUUUUUAUCUGUUGUAUUUAAUUUUUUUACGCAUGGCUAGUGCGCCACAGAUGGAUCUGAAAGUUUUGCUUUUUAUCGGGCUAACAGCUGUUUUGGCAAAUGGUUCUCCAACACGCAAGGAUGUGAGUCAAAGAAGAGAGCUGGUGUCUGCUAAAAUGAGUGAACUCCUUGGGACCUCACCAGAGCAGCCAGGCAGGGUUGCCUCUAACAGCGAUGGCUCACAGUGUCCCCAGUGUCAACUGUCACAGCCUCGAAGACGUUCCAAGAGAUGCACAUGUUACACUUACAAAGACAAGGAAUGUGUCUACUAUUGUCACUUGGACAUUAUCUGGAUCAACACACCAGAGCACACUGUUCCUUAUGGGAUGUCCAACUAUAGAGGCUCAGAGCGUGUGCGCCGCGCCACCCAGACAGGGAGUGGAGGAAAACAGGCCAAGUCACAACGCUGUGUUUGUGCACUGCAGAGUGACACAGCGUGCAGUAGCUUCUGCAAGGACAGGGAAAGGAAGCCAUAGUCAACUGUCUUAAGACCGUUCUGUGAUUAUCAGUUCUACCUGUCAUGACACAGCCAUGUUCACCUUAAAGAGCCUUUCGCCCUGACUGAGAUGUAUUAUAGGAUCCCAAAGUGACAUUGUACACUUAAAAAACCUAGGUAAAGUAAUAUAUCAAGUGUAUACCUCCAUAGACAUCCAGUCAUGGACAUGUAAUUCAGUGGGCACCUUACUGGACUGUACCACAGCUAAUGUCUUGUCAGCCAACUAAAGGACUGAAAACUGAAAAUCUUCUAUUUUCAAGUUUGACAUUUAGGAGAGAAACUAGAGAAGAGGGACGUUCAUGAAGUGCUCCUUCUGUCCAUCUCUCUAUGUAUCUGCCCCCGCAGAUGGGAGGUGUUUUUCAUUAUUUCCCCAUCAGCUGGCUUCGAUAUGCAAGACUGUCAGACCAAGAAAAAGGCCUAUAUGGACAAUGAGCAUUGGCCCUGAAAGACUAAUACACAAAAUGUUUCUCAUGGUGCCUAGUGCACCCUCAAAACAUCUUCAUAAUAAAUAUAUGCUAAGACUUUCCUAUUUUUAUCUUGAUGUGGAUCUACACUAAUCCAAGACUGGCAAGCCGGUGCACUUGAAGUGGACAUAAAAUGAUCUGAGAGGGUUAUUGUUUUUUGGAUGUCUCACAUAUUUGAUCCAUAUGAUCAAGUUACAUGUUUUCUCCUAAAAGAAAAUAUGCCAGAACUAUAUGCUGUGACUCACAAGAUCAUGUUGUAUCCAUGUAAAAUUUGAUUAUUCCCAGACGUUCCAUAGAGAGUAUUUCUCUGACAAAAGGAAGAAUCAUCUUUCUUGCCUUUUUAGGUAGAUGAUGUGGAAUUGCCUAAAGUCUUAAAUUUUAUCAAAAAUGUCAAUUGAGCUUUUGAAUGAAAUAUGCUUAAAAUGACCAGUUUAGUGAUAGUUAAAAGGUUUACACUUUUAUGAGUACUAAGUAUUCUUAGUGCUAUUGCUUUUGGCAGAAGUGGCACAUUCAGUGUCCAAGAUAUGAAGCUGUGCUUAAACUGAAUGAUUUAAGCAGAGCAUCUCUUCACAUAUGCAGAUUUAAAAAACACAUGAUUGGAAACAUGUUCCAGUUAAUCUGACAAACUUGAAGCAAAGUUAGUGACAUCCACAAAUAUGAAACAAAAAAGCAUUGGCAAUGGUUCGCUUUUUGGAUGACUACCACUGUUGUCAACAAACUUUUCUUGCGAGUGAGUUGAACAAG